AUGAAAGCUCGAUCAGGCCUCCGAGCCUGGAGAGGCCUCGCACCAACUUCCAUAUCCUCCCGACCAGCUGCCUCGAUAUGCUCGCAAUGCCUGCUGCAUACUAAACACAGGCUCUUCUACGUGCCUCCGACGCUCUCGUUUACAUAUCGCAGCUACCACCCGUCCCGGCGAAAAAACCAGCAAUCCGUCCUUUCCGCCGCCGUGUCCACCGCACAAAACUUCAUUUCCAAAACUAUUCCUACCAAACCUCCGCCAGCGACAGGGAAUGGAGCGGGUGGGAUUUCGGAAGUCUCCGUUGAUCCGCUACGCAUGGUGGCUAAGGAGUUGAAAUUUCUCAAGAAGAAUAUUCGCCAGUUGCUUGGCUCUGGGCACCCGCUUCUAGAUAGAGUUGCGAAAUAUUAUGCCCGGAGCGAAGGGAAGCAAGUGCGUCCGUUACUGGUGCUGUUGAUAUCCCAGGCGACGGCGCUGAUGCCGCGCAGCCCACGAGAUCGACAGAUUCUAGACGCUGCGGGAGUGAAUGCGGCCAUCAGCUCGCCCGCUAUCCUUGCUGAUACGAAUCCCGAUUACAAUCUUCUAACAGCGCCGUCGCUGACGGGAAAUGAAACCGCGUAUACCUUUGCGGAGAGUGAUGAGAAUAUUUUGCCUUCUCAGCGGAGAUUGGCGGAAAUCACGGAGCUGAUCCACACUGCUUCGCUUCUGCACGACGACGUUAUCGAUAAUGCGGUCACCCGCCGGUCUGGCGUUUCGGCGAAUCUCGAGUUUGGAAACAAAAUGGCCGUGCUUGCUGGUGAUUUCUUGCUUGGCCGCGCUUCGGUGGCAUUAGCGAGACUUCGAGAUCCCGAAGUUACGGAACUAAUGGCUACCGUGAUUGCGAAUUUGGUUGAAGGCGAAUUUAUGCAGUUGAGGAACACGGCGCAGGACGAGAGAAAUCCGGCCUGGACUGAAGAUAUCAUCACGUAUUAUCUGCAGAAGACGUAUCUCAAAUCGGCCAGCUUGAUUAGCAAAUCCUGCCGCUCAGCAGCGUUGCUGGGACAUGGUGCUCCUGAUGUUGUGGAAGCCGCGUACUCAUACGGAAGGAAUCUGGGGCUGGCAUUCCAGCUAGUAGAUGACAUGCUGGAUUAUACCAUUAGUGGCGAGGAGUUGGGCAAGCCAGCCGGUGCAGACUUGGAGCUUGGUCUUGCAACUGCUCCUUUGUUGUUUGCAUGGAAAUCACACCCGGAGCUCGGUGCAUUGGUAGGGAGAAAGUUCUGCCAUGAAGGUGAUGUUCAGUUGGCCCGCCAAAUUGUUUCUCAAUCCGAUGGCCUUGAACAAACUCGCGCCUUAGCACAAGAAUACUCUGACAAGGCUGUCCAAGCUAUCAGCAUCUUCCCUGACAGUGAAGCCAAACGGGGACUGAUUGAUACGUGCGAAAAGGUUAUGAUCAGACGAAAGUAG